UUCCCUUCCAGUUCAAACAUAGCAAUGGCUUAGCAGAAGGGGAAGAUCAGGUCCAAGGGCAGCAGAACUGACCAUUCCCUGGCAACGCCUGCUCUCGCCUCGCAGAGGACGGUCUGGUUUCGCUAACAGGCCCUGAGCUGCUGCUGUCCUAUUCAGGGCCCCUUUUGUGCACACAACGUCUGCCGGAGAUAAGCAGUAGCCGGGGCCCAGAAUAAGGCUCCUUAUCACACGCUCCCAUUCAUCCUGCCGCAGAGUCACUGCAGCAAGCGGCAAACAACCUUCAUCGCAGGAAAAGAGCCAACAUGCAGUGGAGAGGGAGAGAGAGGGGAGAAGGCAAGGGCCGGGGAAGGCGGGCUAUGGCCCUGCAAUCUGGAGGGCAGGUGGGAGCAUAUUCCAGCCAGACACGCGUCUCGGGAUACACGAGCACCUGUUUCUGCGAAUGGGUCUAGCCUGGAUGGGCUGAUGAGAGUGAACGGAGCCAGGCCCUGAGCAUGUAGGAUGGCCUCAGCCAGACCCCACAGGCUAACUGAGCAAGGUAAACUGCAGCCUGGAGGGUAGGAAGUCACCUCUCGCAGAUCAAGCAGUAAAGGGACAGCAAUCCCAAGGCCAGAACCCAGGAGUCCUGACCCCGACUCCCAUCUGCCCAUCGUCCCGUCGGUCACUAUGGACGGUGUUUCCCUGGGUAGGAAGCACUUAGGAAGGGUCCAAGUCCUGCCGUCUCCCUGCACCAGCCAUAGCAGAGGCAGGGCGGACCCCCGCAGCAGAGGUAAGUUCGACGGAGCAGACAUGUCCCAAUGACCAACGACCCAGCUUUGCAGGUUCGACACAAAGCAAAGCCCAGCUCACUUGCUAGGCCCCACCUGGCCGGAAGCAAGAAGCCGGGUCCGCUCUUCCCGGCGCAGCAGCGUGGCGCAUCCUUGUGAUCUGUCACUGCAGCGCACGAUGACUGAUCAGGCCCUGCCAGGAAAUCAUAUCCCAGGUCCCUCAGAGCGGCACAGCUGGUGCUUGCUGUGACUGAUUAAUGGUCCCCACUGAAGCCUUUUAUUGCAAAAGAUAUGGGAUAUUUACAGUCUCAACUGCCAACCAUUUUUCUUGCUUUCCAUCCCUUUCCUUUUUCCCCCUUUUUCUGCCCAUCCAAAUGAAUUAUUGACUUAGUAGGAAGGGACAGACGACUGGAACCGCUGCUCGAACUCGAACCCUUCUGCAGCAGUCCUGUCUUACAGCUGGGCUGCUCAGCGCUGAGACAAGGCGAGCACGUGCAUCUGCUGCUGAUGGGUGGUAGCAGGAGAGGCAAAACAGUCCUGGGGUUAUGGUGCCAGAUUAGGAGCUGUGCGGGCUGAGCUAGCUCUGCCACAGACACUGGGUACCCCUAGGCAGGCCAGAGAGAGAAGCAUUUAAAAAUGCCCAAGUGAUUUAGGAGUCCAAGUCUCAUGCUCAGAGUGCCUUCAGCCUAUAGAAGCUUGUUGCCUUUCAAUGGCUUUGGCUUCUGACAAGGUCACCCCCAAAUGCCCCAUUUCUCCCUUCCACCCCUCCAUCAGCCUAGACUGUUACUUUUCAGGGUGGGGACAGCCUCUCCCAUGCACUUACACAGGACCCGGCACAAUGGGGCCCCGAUCUCAAGUAGGGUCUCCAGGUGCUACUACAAAACAACCCCCCCCCUGUAGCCCAGUAAGAUUUGGGGGUGCCUGUGUCCUCUCUGACUUGCUUGGGAGCAUUUCCCAGCCCUGGGCUAAGCACUGCAAGCCACACAAGUCAAUGGGCAGGUCAGAGGAACUGGGGGAAACCCCAGCAGGGGCUGGGCAACGUGCUCCAGCAGUCAGUCCUUCCACCCAACGUGAGACCUGAGAGCAGAUGCUCCCCAGUUUCUGAGCUUCAGACCCCCACCGGGUAUCCCCAAGUUGAGCACCUGCCUCACUCCCCACCUUGAGCACCCUGGCCCAUGGGUAUAAGGCCAUCGCCACCGUACGCAGCCACGUCACUCCAACAGAAGGAUGGAGUGGCAGCAUCGCUUGAGGGAGGCAAACCCCCCUGACAGACAGACAGACAGACCAACUCCCGAGCUCUCGCUACGCAAUGUGGUUACAACCAGAAGGCACCCAGCACCGUACCGGACCAGGCCUUUCGCUCGGGCGCUCUCGGGGAGAAGCCUGACAGUGGCCAAGAUGCCGGAUGGGGCGUCCCUGGAAUUUGCAAGCAGGUGGCAGCCUCCAAAACCCGCUGCAAAGGCUUUUUCUUUUUAUGCAAAGCCAGCUUGGUUCAGAGCAGCGCCAGUCUCCCCCAUGCCACCUCCUCCUCACCUGCCCCUGCACAAAGGCUCCUCACUGAGAUGGCACCUGGGGUUGGGCUCGUGGUUUGCAGAUGACGCCGGGAGGGCAGUGCUGUGCAUUUGACUGCCGAGCGCCGAACACAAAAUCCCUCCUUGAAUGCACUUUGCUAAGCAAAUUCUCCAGUGUCCCACUCCCCUCCCGGCACUCUCCUCAGCAAGAGCCCCCAGGGCUUGCUGAUGCCACCCCCUCCAUCCAUCCCCAAACCUCUGCCUUUUUAAACACCCCUCCAAGCAUCGGCUGCAGGACAGCGAAGCCAUGGCCAGCAUCCUGCUGCUGCUCCUGAGCUCUGGCAGCGUGGCAGCCCGCGAGCUCACGUGCAUGUCGGCUCAGUUCAAGAGGCCUGGCCACUACAUCCUGGGAGGGUUGUUCCCAUUCGGCAUUAACACCGUGAACCUCAGCACGCGGGUGGAGCCCACAGCUGUCGCGUGUGAAAGGUUAUAUGCCACAGGGCUAAUCUGGGCUCUGGGCAUGAAGUUUACCGUGGAUGAGAUCAACAACUCCACGUCGCUGCUCCCGGGCGUCCAGCUGGGCUACGAGAUCUACGACAGCUGCUUCGAGCCCGUGGUGGCCCUGCAGCCCAGCCUGCUCUUCCUGACCCAGGAGCGCAGCGCCGCGAUCGACGUCCUGUGCAACUACACCGACUACCAGCCCCGCGUGGCUGCUGUGAUCGGGCCCCACACGUCAGACCUCUGCAUGGCGACGGCCAAGCUCUUCAGCUUCUUCCUGACCCCGCAGGUCAGCUAUGGAGCCAGCGCCGACAAACUGAGCAACAGCGAGCUGUACCCCUCCUUCUUCCGCACGGUGCCCAGCGACAAGCUGCAGGUGAAGGCCAUGAUCCACCUGCUCAAAAGGUUCGAGUGGAACUGGAUUGCCGUCAUCGGGAGCGAUGAUGAGUAUGGCCGCGAGGGGCUCAGCCUCUUCACCAACUUGGCCACCAGCUACGGGAUCUGCAUCGCCUAUGAGGGUGUCAUCCCCACUGACUGGUUGGACCCGAACCCCUGGGACAAGCUGGACGAGGUGAUUAAAUACAUCAACUCCACCCAGGUGAACGUCGUCGUGCUCUUCUCCAUCGACCGCCCAGCGCAGACCCUGCUGGAGCGCUGCAUCAAGAAGGGGCUGAGCCCGAAAGUCUGGAUUGCCACCGAGGCCUGGGUGAUGUCUGACAUCAUCAUCUCCAUCCCUCACAUCCGCACCAUCGGGACUGUCAUCGGUUUCAUCAUCAAAGGUGGCAAGGUACUCGGCUUUGAGGAGUAUGUCGCCCAGCUCUUCACCUCCAUCCAGCAGGAGAGCUUCUGCCAGGCCUCCCGGGAGUGGAGCCGCCAAAUGGAGUCGGGGGUGCUGGGCCCGCAGUGCGAGCACUGCGACCACGUCAGCUGGCAGGAUGUGGCCUCCUUGGUGAUGCACCGGCAGACCUACGCGGUGUACAUGGCUGUGUACAGCGUGGCCCAUGCCCUGCACAAGGUGCUCGGCUGCACAAAGGACAGGUGCUCCACGGUGCCCAUCAAAUCCUGGCAGCUGCUGGAGGUCAUGAGGAUGCUUCAGUUCGAGGUGCAUAACUACAGCUUCAAGUUCGACCAGUCGCAGAGCACCAACAUGGGCUAUGAGAUCUUGCUGUGGAGCUGGCAGAACCACACCCUCCACCACGUCUCCGUCGGGAAAUACGAGAACUCCCUGUCCAUCAACAACUCCCUGAUCCAGUUCCACACUGAGGAUAACAAGAACCCAAUGUCCACCUGCUUCAGCCACUGCAAGCCAGGGCAGUUGAGAAGAGUGAAGGGCUUCCACCUCUGCUGUUACGACUGCAUCGACUGCCCCAUAAACACCUACAAGGACAGCAAGGAAGAGAGGUUCUGCAUUCCCUGCUCCCAGCACCAGUGGUCGCCGGCUCAAAGCAUCCAGUGCUGGGACCGGACCGAGAGGUACCUCUUCUGGGGGGAGCCGCUCACCAUUGGCUUUCUCAUCCUGACAUUCGCUGCCCUGGCCCUGAGCUGCCUGGCAGCUGCCCUCUUCUACAGGAACCUCAGCACCCCCCUGGUGCAGGCGGCCGGGGGCUGGAUGAGCAUCUGCACCUUGCUCAGCCUCUCGCUGAUGAGCGUAAGCACCAUCUUGUAUGUAGGGAAGCCCAGGGAUUACAUCUGCCUGAUAUACCAGCCCAUCUACGCCCUGUGCCUCAGCAUCUGCUUCUCCACCCUCCUCGUCAAGUCGCUCCAGAUUGCCCUGGUGACGGAGUUCAAGAGCUGUGCCCGCACCCUCCUGCCCUGGGUGACCCAGAGGAGAGCCUGGAUCCUGGUGGCCUUCUGCUUCCUUGUCGAGAGCCUGCUGUGCCUCGGGUCCCUCUGCAGUGCCCCUCCCCUGCUGAAGUACGACUACAAGCUGCUGCCCACAGAGACGCUGGUCCACUGCCAGUUACAGUCCUGGCUCUUCUUCCUUUUGGUGCAUGGUUUCAACACCGCCAUGGCCUUCAUCUGCUUCCUCUGCACGUUCAUGGUGCAGACCUCAGGCAAGAAGUACAACGUGGCCCGGGGCAUCACGUUCACUAUGCUGACCUAUUUCUUAACCUGGAUCUUCUUCAUCGCCACCUAUACCACCAUAAAGCCCACCUACAAGCCUGUCGCCCAGAUGGGCGCCAUCCUUAGCGUAGUCCUGGGCACCCUUAUAGCUAACUACCUCCCCAAGUGCUACGUCCUCCAGUUCAAGCCCGACUGGAACACGUUGGAGCGUUUCCAGAACUACGCCAAGGAGCCACCAGAGGACAAGGACUCUGGCUAAGUGGAGGACAAAGCUGGCAGAGGGGUUUGGUUUGUCACGUGAGCUGCAGCCCGCAGACACGGUGAUGGUGUGAAACAUGCGCAGCCCUUUCUUUUGGACUGAACAUUCAAACCCCGGUCUCAAGCUUCAGGGCUCUACUAGCUGAGCUAAAGGAAGAUACCUAAACGCAACAGUAGUAGGUCUUUCCUCUCCACGAGCUGAUCCCUAGAGGAUGAAAUUGCUCGUUCAGAUACCUUUUUCACAGCCAGGACCACCGCAGGGUCGUCUGAGCAAGAGUCCUCAAACCAUUUGAUGCUUCUCUGUCUGAAUCAGUUCCCUUAGCAUAAUUCCAACAUUACCAGGCUCUCGACAGGGGCAGAUGUCCAAACCAAGUGCUGCCUCUCUCAGGAUGUUUCUGCAUGUUCGUUUCUAGCUGAUCCUUAGUACGAUGAUGAAGCAAACUGCUGCUUUCAAAAGCUUAUACAUCUCUCCUGCAGUCUAUAAGGUGCAACUCUACCCUGCUUUCUGCAGGACACAGAAAUACAAUAGCAAUAUGGAAACAGGAAAUAGUGGAGGAGGGAGGAGGACACUGCCCGUCAUAGAAGUCGUGGGUGCUCUGGAUCCGACUGAGAGGGUUUGAGAAUCAGGAAAGUUGGUCGCUGACUAUGGGAGGCUGGAUCCUUCCUUGCUCCCCUCCACACAUUUGCCAGAGCCAGCAUGGGUGGGGGAGAUGGAUAGAUUAGGGACAAGAUAAAGCACCAAGUUGCUUUUCUGCAGGCUGUGAGGGUGAGAAUCAUAUUUGAGGCCACUUCAAGGAUCAUAUCCUCUAUUCCCAGCAGCUAGUUUAGAAAAAAAAGGUGCCUACAUUAGUCCUUAGCUGCUGUCACUCUUUCAUCACCCUCCGUUUCUCCUGUAUAUCUGUUGCAUCAAUAGAGCACAACAUCCUCUUACAGAUGCAUUCUGGCUUAUGGGACAGCACCUUGGGUUUCAUGAGGGUGCUCACCUAAUGGGAACAUGCAUAUUGCUAAUUAGGUUUCCGUGGAUUGUUUCAUUAAAAAGUGACAAGUCAAAGACUUUCCACUUUUCUGGAUUUAUAUCGUAGCGACCAGGAUAAUUUUUCAUGAAAGUUUCUUACAAGUCUUCUGUGCCGUCCCUUUUGCGUUAAGAGAUCCAGGCCAUCUCACUGCUGAAACUUCCUUAGCCUGACGAAGGGUUUUGAACCUGAAAGCUUGCUUAAUAACUUUUCUUCAACUAUUUGGGUUGGUCUAAUAAAAGAUAUUAAAUUCA